AUGAUAUGCAUGCUUGUGCAUAGAGUCAAAGCUGUAUUUCCAGAUGCUGGUGCUGGUGCUCUUCUGAAAUAUCGAUGGCAAGAUGCAGCUCUUGGAUUCUCCAGCUUGAGUGAUCGAAAACCAGUGGAAAAAGAAGAUGAGAUCAUUGUUAUGGUUGUUCCUGACUAUCAAAUGUUGGAGUAUGUGGCACGGAUUGCUUCUGAUCUCUCAGAUGACCCGCCAAGGCCUCUCAUCAUGUGGAAUCCACGCCUUAUCAGUGAAGAUGUUGGAGUAGGGUUCAAUGUCCGAAAGUUGCGGCGAUACUUCUUGAGCACUUUUACAACAGUAUAUUCAAUGAGACCCCUCCCAUCUGGUGCUGUAUUCCGAUGUUACCCUGGAUCGUGGAAGGUCUUUUAUGAUGAUAAGGAUAGGCCAAACCGAUAUUUGCUAGCCAAGGAAAUGAUUAAUCGUCCGGAUGCAGAAGACCUUGAGAUAAUUUAUGGAGACGUGGAAGAGAAGUCUGAGAAGGGUCCAUCGUUCUUCAAUGCAACAGCCGGAAUUUUCUCGUCAUUAAGUCGAUUUGUGAAAGUCAUUUCAAAGCAAUGCUCUUAUAACUAAGUGUAUACUAUACUCAAUAUUGUAAUUACUAGGUAUCUUGACUUUCUAGAAAAGGAAUCAUGUCCAGGCAUUACUCUACACCUCUAGAAGCAGAGUCUAUGCUCUUUUAACGGGCUCUGCCUUUAAGCUGGUUCUAAUAGCCAUAAAAUGAAAACCAAAAAGGUCAUUUU